AAAAAAUUGUCCUGUCGUUGCCAGCAGUUGCGUGCAGGCAACGGUGCAGCGAAUGAAUACCAAGCGUGACGAACGUGCCCGACAACCGUUGACUUGGCUCGCCAACGGCUAUGCACUCACUCGAUAUCUGAUUGUCCUCCCACCACCACCAACAACCUCUCGCUUGCUGCAGCUGCGCCAGUGCAUUCUUCCGAUCUCCACCCAUUACAGCCAACCAGCUACAAGGCUUUUUGUUGUUGCUUGUUGUCGUUGCGGGGGUCAGCCACAGUAAGCAACAAAGCAAGGAGAAAAACAAUGAGCUUCGCUGUUCCUCAUCGCAAGAAGCCGGCACCAGCCGCCGGCAGGACAGAGUCGUCCAGCAAGAUUGUCUACGCGGAACACAUGCUCCAAGCGCUGGUUCGACAACACGCACCGUGGUAUUCGGAGAAGGAGGUCAAGGCCAUCUUCUAUCGCAACUUGGCCAAGGACCGGCUGAACCAACCCAGGCUGGUUGACCGCCUUCAAGACACAGCAGGGAGCCAGCAUCACGCAAGCGCCAUCGACACCAUGCUCGGACUCAACGAUCAGCUCCCAGAUGUCACCUACAACACCAUGCAUGCAGCACCCAGCGCACUGCCACAUCAUGCCAAAGACUUGUCGCGCAGCAACUCGCGCUCCGAACACCGGCCACGCUCAGCAAACGUCGAUUCCCUCGCUGCGCGUAAUCAGGACUUCGUGCUCAAGCCAGAUGGCGUGGCUCCACUCGUCAGAAGCACGGCGCCACCACAAGUGCGCACAGAACGCAUUCACGACCAUUACCACACCAAGGACGAUGCCAGCAAAAGCCACAGCAAUCGCUAUGAAUCUCCAGCAUACGCGUCCUCUGUGAAAAGCGACAGCAGUGCCACCCCCUCCACAAGCGCAUCUCCUGAUCGCGCCCAGCAGCAGCGCUCCAGCGGCAGCCGCGGAGGCAGCGAGCGUGGUGUGGGCGACGACAGUGCAGCCACAGACGGUGCGCGCAAGGGCAAGGUUGUUCGCAGGCGAUCAUCUCUCGUCACAACUGUGCCGCAGCCUGACAAGGCGCAGUCGCACGUGCCUGCGCAGACGAAGCCAGCCCUCUCCUCCCCGCUGUACAAGAACGUCUCCGCAAGCAAGAGCGUCGAGGACCUGACAGUUACCAGCGAAGACACCCAAGUCUUCAUCGUUUGACCCUAUUCUGUAUGCCGUGCACAGCAUGCUUAGACGCUCGAUUGCUGUGACCCCGUUGUCUCGUUACUCAGGUGCUCAAUUCUCACAUGGCAAUGCAAUGUGUUUACAUGAAAAGCACUCCAUGCUGUUUAUUCGUUGAUAUUGCUUCCGCCCUUGGUUGUUGAUUAGCUACCCUCAUCACUCAGUCAAACCACAUCGCACACGCGCCCUCACGAACCAACGGCGAACACUUCAGCACUUCUGCCUGUCGAACCAGCUCGACAACACAAAGGAAAGGCAGAAGAGCAAAGAAAGGAAGAAAGGAAGAGAGACGAAGGAAAGAAGAAAGGAAUGGCAGUUCAUGUCAAAUUAUAAAAAGUGCACAGAAACACACAACGGAGCACACAGCAAGC